AUGAUGCCCAACAUGCCCAAUACGUCGUCAACACAAGACAGUGCGUCAACUCAACAAGAUUUGAGCAUCAAGAUGCCGGAGAACGCGUCGUCGCAAUACCAUCACUUUGUUCCACAAUUUCUUCUAAAGAAUUUUGUCGAUGCAUGUAACCCUACUAAAAAUGGCUCGACUACCUCUACCAACCGUAGAGCUCGAAGGAGAAAGCGCAAUACCGAUCCUACCGUCAACCGCGUGGAUUUGUCUUCUGAAAUGCCAGAAGUCAUAGAGAUACCAGUAAAGAGAAUACUUGGCAAGACGGACAUGUAUCGGGAUACGAACAAACCAUGUGCAGAGCAGCAGCAUGUAGAGAGGAUGUUCGGCGAUGUCGAGUCAAGGACCAGCAGAAUCUUUCGAAAAAUUACGAAAGCUUUCGACGAAGGCCAUCGAGGCAUCUGGAUUACACGAGACGAAAGGAAUCUUGUCAGAAAGUUUCUUUUCCUCAUGAAAUACCGAGGACCAGCUUUCUACGGGCGUUAUAACCACGAGACCGCAUCGGAUUAUGACGCCAACGAUAGAGAGAGGAUGCUUGAAUACAUGCAGAAGAAAGGGUUUGAAAGACCUAUCGACGUAUGGUUCGAUAACAUCAAAACCAUCAUCGAGCUGGAUAUGGAUGAUGAGUUGAACUGGAUAUCAGAACUCCCAGAACGCAUGUAUCCGGACGAUGCGAAGUGGGCCAUUAUGCAUUGCCAGUCCUUUUUCAUGGCCAUAUGCACCCCUUCUAAUGCUCAAGAUGAAUUCCUUCUUACCGACAACUGCUACCAUGUUUCCGAAGGGGUCUUUCAAUGCUCCGUCAGCCUGGAGACUGGAGAGUCUAAAGUAGGGGCUUGGACGAACUUCCACGAAUUUGCUCCCAUAUCUCCGAAACUAAUGAUUGUGCUUCGGAGCUUCUUACUUCCAUCGCCAGAGGAAGAUUCUCUCCCCGGAGCCAAGGCUGAGAAAGAGAUGCUAUGGUCUCUGGUAGUAGAGAGGUUCCACGGAAGCGAUGUCAAUUCCACCCUAGCCGAUCUUCCAAUCGCGAUACCCGACAACAAUUAUAGCCAUAAAACAAACGGUGUUUUACAGUUCCAAGAUGAAAACUUUUCUCUGCAGCGUCAUCACAAAUUUUUCUUCAGCUUUUUCCCUAUCGAGACACACCAUGUCAACAAGAUCCACUGUGUGUUCUUGGAUAAUGCGAGCUCCUGCACUAGCGUGAUAUUCCGAUCCAAGGAGUCUUUUCGCCAAACUCUUGAGUGGUAUCUCACGGAGCCUGGUUGGGUCGGAAAGCGUGUUACUUCUCUUCCGGGUGACAGGCGACGUCUCUAUUUGCUGAAGCUGGCGGCAGUGCUGAAACAAUUGGGCUCCGACAAGGAACCUACUUGGGAAGAAAUCGAUGUUGCAAAGAUGAGAAAUGACACCAAACGUCAAUUAAUGGAAAAGGGAUUAUUUGAGUUGUUUCCUGAACUCCUAGACUGCAUUCCAGAUGAUAACCCAAGCGAAUUCAUGCAGAUUUACAACAGUCUAGGUGGAUCGAAGCAAACCAUUACAAAAGAUAUGAGGCAGGUUUACUUGAUGAUGGAAUUGCGGAUUAAGAUUGAUGUAUGGUCGCGUGGGCUGGACGAAGCCUUGCGGGUAAGAAAUCGUAAGCUCCUCAUGGACGCAUAUACUCGGCUUCCGUCUCAUCGUUUCUGGUUGUACACAAAAUACUGGAGAGCCAUGGAAUCACGAGACCCAAGUGGCCCGCGAAUCGAGGAGCACGCCCAACCGCUGAACGUCAACGAUGAUGGACCCGAAGAUGCAAUCGCCAGAGCGCGAGACAUCAUUAAACCUAGCAAGUUGAAUUUCUUGAUGAAAGUCGCCGUUGGCAAUGACAUUAAGUUGAAGAAGAAGCCAGGUUAUAACCUAUCAUGGAAAUUCACAAUAGAUGAGAGUGGCGCCGAGAAUUUUAUGAUGAUUCAGGCCCUUGCCUUCCACAGUAGUAUCCGAGACUGCGGGAUUGAAGCCAUCGAAACACUCGCAACAAUCUACGGAAUGGCGGUUGUGAGUCAAUUCGAUUUGGAAAUUGGAGGAUGUGAAAUGCUUAACCUUACAGAAGGCGAGACAGUCGAGCUGUUCGUCAGAAUGUUAGUGCGGGAAGAUUUUGAGGAGAUGUUACAAGACAAACUGGAAACAAACGUGUUGAAUGAUUUGGCAAAGGUUUUUUUUGAGUUGAUAUACCCUCACCCAAAAACAGAUACAUAG